AUGUGGCCACCGUUUAGUUACAUUACAAUGCCGCUGCCUCGCCCCGCAAGAAAGGCUACGGCCAAGGCCAUAAAAUCGAAAUCGCCUAUCAAGAAGAAGAUUGUCAAGGCCAAUAAGAAAGCUCCCCAGCCAGAGGCAAUUAAGACUGUUGUGACGAAUCCUGUUGAUCGUAUUUACAAGACUCUUACUCUUGGCAAUGUUGACAUCGAGGAGGGUUUGUGGAUGGUGCGCAAACUUGGCGAUGGUAAAUACGAGGCUGUUAAUCUCAAUACUGUUGCGUUUGAAGAUAUUUCAUCGGAGGAAAAUGCCGUGAGAAUGACUUCAGCCCCGGAAAACCUCGAAAUUUUCAAGGUCAGCCAGAAGUCUUUGAAUGACGUUACAGCAAAGUUGGAUCGAGCUGUCUUUACUGCAAGUGGAAAAGUCUUCCGAUUCAUCAAGCUUCCCAUCGAGUUGCGAUACAAAAUUUACGACUUCGCACUGAUUUUGCCUUCCGGUUCCACAUUAUUCCGCUCUCGUUAUAGAGGUCGCCAUACACCAAGGCUUGCCCUUGGCCUCCUUGCAACUUGCCGCUUCAUCAACACAGAAUGCAUGCCAUUCUUGUGGAAGAAUACUUAUAACAUGAGUGCUCCCACCAUAAAGGAUUUUAAAUUCAGCAAACAGACUUUGAUUGAGAAUGUCCGCCAUAUUAAAUGCGCCUGGUCUGGUUACAGAAGUCAGGAUCUACUUGUCUUCGGGAUGAUCGCUUCUUGUACAAAGCUGGAGACUUUGGAAAUCGAAUUGACGCCAAACUGUGUAGAAGCUGGCCCAUACAACCGUCACAAAGUACAAUAUCUCCAUCAAGAAGACAGCAGCAUCCGCAAGUUUAGUAGGUCCAACGGUUUCGACAAGCUCAUUAGUCUCCGUGACAUAAAAAAGGUCAUCGUAUCGAGGAGAUGGAAGAUGGCACUCUCCAGUUUUGUGACCGAAGAAGAAUUGAAAACUUUUGAGAAGUUUUUGAUAGAGAAGUUGACGACGCCAGUAGCAGUAGUACCACCCAUGGUCUUCACUCCCCUAUCUUCUACUCCAACAAGAAGGUCGACGAGGCUACAGAAGCUCAAGGGUUUCAAACCAAUCAAAUAUGUGCCAGAUCUAAUUAGCGAUGACGAGGAAGGCUUUUGGAACGAGGAUGACUACGACGAGGUUGACAGAAACGCUAUGUGA